GUUAACUUAGGUCGUAUGGCAGGCCCGUUCUCCGCGCCCCCAUUACCUAACUUUCAAUGCCACCCAGUUGGAGUAGUGCCCAAAAAACAUUCGGCCGACUGGCGCACUAUUUAUCAUUUAUCUUUCCCCGAGGGAGAUAGCAUUAACGAUGGAAUUCCUAAAGACCCUUACUCACUCCAGUACGUUAGAGUGGACGACGCUAUUAGCAUUCUCACCUCACUCGGCAAAGGUGCCUUUAUGGCAAAAACCGACCUCAAAUCGGCGUUUCGUCUAAUCCUAAUACACCCGAACGACUGGAAUUUACUGGGGGUCCGUUGGGAGUCUCGUUAUUAUGUGGAUUUAUAUUUGCCUUUUGGUUUACGCUCGGCGCCGUUUUUAUUUAAUCAACUCUCCGAAGCGCUAGAGUGGGUUCUUAAACAUAAUUACAACGUUCGUAAUGUUAUUCACAUAUUGGAUGACUUCUUCGUAGCGGAGUCAUCUAAACUAGGUUGUUUAGAGAGUUUCACAAGACUGCUUAAAUUCUUUAUCUCAGUGGGGGCCCCUGUUGUGGCUUCCAAAACAAUCGGUCCUAGUACAACACUUGAAUUCAUGGGAAUCGAGCUCGAUACCCUACGUAUGGAGGCGCGCUUACCUUCCGAUAAAUUAGAACGUCUUAAAGCAUCCUUGCGGGAUUUCAAGCGAAAGCGUUCCGCUCGCCUCAUAGAGCUUCAAUCCUUAAUCGGCACUUUGCAAUUCGCCUGCCGCGUUGUUGUUCCGGGUAGAACUUUCCUUCAGCGCAUCAUAGAUCUCACGCGUCGGGUAAAUCACCGAUUUCAUCACGUCAAAUUGAGCCACGGUUUCUUUCAGGAUUUAGCAAUUUGGCAGCAGUUUACGGAGAACUGGAACGGCAAAGCUUUCUUCCUCGAAGAAGCAAUCCGUACCAGCCCGGAUAUGGAACUCUAUUCCGACGCUAGCGGUAGUAUCGGUUUCGGCGGUUACUUCUCUGGGCGCUGGUUCCAAGGCCGAUGGCCGCCUCACCUCGCCAUAUCCAAAAAGACAGGCAUUAGUAUCGAAUGGCAAGAAUUAUUUCCUAUAGUAGUAGCCUGCUCCCUAUGGCGCUCCGAGUUCUCGGGCAAGCGAAUUCAGUUCUGGUGUGACAAUCAAUCAGUCGUUCACAUUGUCAACACAGAUGGCACGAUUCAGAGAGCUCGCACCGGCCGCGGACCAGACCCCUUGUGUCAUCCCGCCUUCGCUAAUGACCCUCUAACGCGCGAGGUGAAACACUACGCUGAUAAGGCCCUUGCUAUCAACACCAAGCGCACUUAUCACGCAGGCGAGAAACAGUUCAUUGACUUCUGCCUCAUGAAUAGGCUUUUUGACAGCCACGGGGACAUUCUCCCAGCUAGUGAGAGUACUCUUAUCUAUUUUGUUACCUUUCUCGCGCGUAGAGUAAAGCACGGUACUAUUCGCACAUACUUGGCGGCCGUUCGCAACAUGCACAUCGAAAACGGAUUCCAGGACCCUAUACAGGGUCGCCUAAUUUUAAACAAGGUUUUGCGGGGCAUUUUACGGGUGCAGGGUCAGCACAAAACAGCUCGUCAACCCGUAACUCCACAGCUCUUAAAAGCCAUUCGUCCGGUUUUGCUUAGCUGGCUAAGCGCACAUGAUUUCCAUAUGAUUUGGGCGGCAUUCACACUUGCCUUUUUUGGUUUUUUACGUUGUAGUGAGUUUACUUGCCCGGGCGUACGCAACUUUGACAUAGUUUAUAACUUAUCUCCAGUCGACAUAAAUUUCCACCCUAACCCUUUAGCACCGCUUUACAUGAAAGUCGCCAUUAAGGCAUCAAAAACCGACCCUUUCAGGCAAGGCACCGUUUUGACAAUCGCACGCUCCGGUUGCGACCUAUGCGCCGUGUCCGCCAUGCAAGAGUUUGUUCGCAUCUGUGGGUACACAACAGGACCACUUUUUCGGUUUCGUUCCGGUAAAUACCUAACUCGGUCAUUGGUCUCUAGCAUUCUUAGAGACGCAGCACGCGCUUGCGGCCUUCCUCAUAGCAGUUUAAAGGGGCACUCAUUUAGAAUUGGGGCGGCAAGCUGCGCUGCCGCUGCAGGCCUGCCCGACUGGCUUAUCAAAGUGCUUGGUCGUUGGUCCGCUGAUUGCUACCAGCUUUACGUACGUACACCACAAAACAUUUUAUUAACUGCUGCACCAAAAAUGGUGAUAGUCCAGCCUGUCACUCUGACUUAAGCAUUGUUGUUAUUGCGCUUGGGGGAUGCAUUCUGCAUCUUGUGGCGGUUAGUUCUGUCUGACGACUUCCCCAAGCGGGGUUUGUUUGCUAUAAGGUGUGCUUGUGCGUUUGUGGACCAGCCAAUACUCUCGUCCGAUCCUUCACGCGGAGUGUAGGGGAGAUGAGUGAGGCCUAAAGGUCAUAUGCUUACACUACAGUUGCUACGUCACGCGCUAGUCGUCACGUCACGCUAACUCGCUUUCGAUCGGUCUGUCUCCCCCCAUAUUCUGCCAUA